GUCAGAGUAGUCAAGAAGUUGUUGUAGUGAGCGUAGUUGUAGGAUCAUGGUGAAAAGGUGACGCCAUUGUAGCUUCUCUUUCUGUCCUUGAGUUACAAAUCUACGAUCAGUUUUCAAAUAAAACUCUUGAGAAAUGACUUUAUCAAUGUAAUUUACUAUUACUACAAUAAACUAAUGAAUUUUAGGAUAAGAAAUCGUGUCCUAAAUGAACGCAAAUGCUGAUUAUUAACUGGAGAAUUCGAGAUAACAAAAUGAGAUUGAGAUGAAUGAAGGUGAUUUAGGGUUGGGGAGAGCCAGACUCCAAAGUGCAUCUCCAACCCUACACACCGUCCACAACUCCAUGCCCGGAAACACCACUGGCCAAAGCCAGACUGGGUCCCGUUAUCAUCAAUAUCAACAACAGACACCAUCAUCGCCGGCGAUGACUAGACUACUGAACAUGAACCGAACGUCGGGCGGCACGAUGACGACCCGAACGGCGGCCAACAACGGAGUGGACGGGGGCGCCAGCGAGGGGCCGGGAGCAGUGGUGGCAGAUGGAGGUGGCGCGCUGCUGCAUCCCAACCUGGUGAACUCGCUGACAAUGCCGCCGAGCAAUGCGCGCAAACGCAAGACGUCGGACAACUGCAACGAGGACAUCGCCGCUCGCCGCCAGCGCAUCUCCGAGCACAAGGCGCAGAGGUUGAUGCGCAUCAGGGACAGGUACGCGGAGAGUGCAAUGGAGCUGUACUUGCUGGAGUCUGGUGGGAAUGUGGUGGAUCUGCACGUGUGGCGCAAGCGACCCGCCACGCCGCAGUUGGUCGCCUUCCUGCACAAGCACCGGCUCGACGUCACUGAUCGCCACGAGGAUCUCACGCUGCCUUCCGCCGCCUCCACCACCUCCGCCGCCUCCACACCCACCCCCGCCACCACCACUGCCAGGCUCAGUCAGCAAGGUGGCUCGGAGGCCGGAGUGAACAGGCUGAAGCUGCUGGUUGCCACGAAGCACCAGGGCCCCGGCCGACCACCCAACCCCGAGAACGCGGUCAUCACGCAGGAACAGCUUGUCGAAAAAGCUAAACAGGAAGCGUACGUGAUGCAGAGGAUAGGAGAGCUGCAGCGGGAGGGGUUGUGGGGAGAGAAGCGACUGCCGAAGCAGCACGAGCCGUCGAGGGCCAAGGCGCACUGGGACUACCUCCUCGAGGAGAUGGUCUGGAUGGCCGCCGACUUUGCCCAGGAACGCAAGUGGAAGAAGGCCGCCGCUAAAAAGUGUGCGAGAAUGGUGCAAAAGUAUUUCCAAGACAAGGAGGCAAUGGCGCAGAAGGCUGUCAAAUCGCGAGAAAUUCAACUCAAGAAAAUAGCCGGCGCUUUCGCCAAAGAGAUCAAGCAGUUCUGGUCCAAUGCAGAAAAGUUUGUAGAGUUCAAACAACAAACAAGACUGGAGGAGAAAAGGAAAAAGGCGCUGGAUCAGCACCUCAGUUUCAUCGUGGAUCAGACUGAAAAGUUUUCAACGCUUGUUGCCGAAAGCAUGAACAAGACCGACAGUGUUAUACACAGUCGAGGCUCGUCAAGGUUGCCUUCUCCAACAUUCAAUGCUGGCUCAGACAUGGAGUUUGAGCCGUUGGGAUCUUCGAGUGAUGACGAGGAGACGAUUGCCAAAGCGGAAGCCGAGGAAAUGGCGGAAGCGGGUGGAGCGAGGGAGGGCGCCGAGAUUGAAAUGCUAGAGAAAGAGUCGCUACUACCUUUAGACGAACUAUUGAAAGACUACCUCGAUCACAGAGAAAGUAUUCCUCUCACGCCUUCAUCAAGGUCAUCGUCGCAAUCACCCGAACCUCAAGGAGAAGAUGAUGAAUUUAGAGUUUCGGAUAAGGAUACCAGCGAUGACGAGGAAACCAUCCAGGAGCAAGAGAAAGCUGAAGGCAAGGUUGAUCACAAACAGGAAAUUGAUGCUUUGAAGGCCGAGGGAGAAAUGACAAUUGAAGAACUUAUGGCCAAGUACAGCAGUAUGCCAUCUCCAUCCGAAACCCAUACAGGAAGCGAAGUUGACGUGACCAGUGACAGUGGGAAGCCGAAAGAUGUGAAAGAGAACGGAGAUGUAAUGGAAGAGUCGGCCGAUUCCGAUGACGAAGAAGAAGAAGAGGAAGAAGAACUGGAAGAGGACGAAUUGGAGAGUGACAUGGAAGAAAUGGACGUGGAUGAGGAAUCGUUGAGCGAGAGCAUACACAGCAGUGAAGAAGACGAAUUCGAUGAUGAAGAUAUGGAUGAUGAAUUUAGUGAUAGUCAAGAACCUGAUCUUACGCAGUUGGUUCAGGAUGAUUCAGCGAAUUCACUCAAGGAGCCGAAGAGUCAAGAAACGACCGAUAAAGAAAUCAACGAUGUGGCUGCCUUGGCUGAGAGCAUCCAGCCGACUGGCAACACACUUUCUUCAACCAGUGUCGUAACUAAAGUUCCUUUCCUUCUGAAGUAUCCGCUCAGAGAGUAUCAGCACAUUGGGUUGGAUUGGUUGGUGACUAUGUAUGAACGAAAGCUGAAUGGUAUUCUUGCCGAUGAAAUGGGUCUUGGAAAAACAAUUCAAACCAUCUCGCUGCUUGCACAUCUUGCGUGCGAAAAAGGCAACUGGGGUCCGCAUCUUAUUGUUGUGCCCACUUCUGUUAUGCUCAACUGGGAGAUGGAGUUGAAAAAAUGGUGUCCAGCAUUUAAGAUUCUCACAUACUACGGUUCGCCGAAAGAAAGACGGCUGAAGAGAACAGGUUGGACCAAGUCUAAUGCAUUCCACAUUUGCAUCACAUCUUACAAAUUAGUCAUCCAGGAUCAUCAAAGCUUCAGGAGAAAAAAGUGGAAGUACCUGAUUCUAGAUGAAGCGCAGAACAUCAAGAAUUUCAAGUCCCAACGGUGGCAACUGCUUUUGAAUUUUCAAACUCAGAGACGAUUGCUGUUGACGGGCACACCGCUGCAAAACAACUUGAUGGAGUUGUGGUCGCUGAUGCAUUUCCUCAUGCCGAAUGUCUUUCAGUCGCACAGAGAGUUCAAGGAGUGGUUCUCCAAUCCGGUCACCGGCAUGAUUGAGGGCAACUCCGAGUAUAACGAGAAUAUCAUCAAGCGACUUCAUAAGGUAUUGAGGCCAUUCCUUCUAAGGAGAUUAAAGACUGAAGUAGAGAAGCAGUUGCCUAAAAAGUUUGAACAUGUUGUAAUGUGUCGAUUAUCCAAUAGGCAAAGGUACCUCUACGACGACUUCAUGUCGAAGGCAAAAACAAAGGAGACGCUGGCCACGGGCAACCUGUUGAGCGUGAUCAACGUGUUGAUGCAACUGCGUAAGGUGUGCAACCACCCCAACCUGUUUGAGGUGAGGCCCACCGUCUCGCCAUUCCAAAUGCCAAGCAUCGACUUCAUCACCGCCUCACUCGUCUGGCAGGCCUUGGACCUUGACCCUUGGAAGACGGUCGACUUGUCGUAUUUCAAUUUCAAUUUUAUCGAUCUGGAGCUGAAUUUGGCUGCAUUUGUUGCUCACCGGAUCAAGAAGUACAGUGUCAACCCGAAACUGAUCGAGGAAAUCGACUCGAGUCCUUCGCCACCUCCGCGGUGUCCCAGCGGCAAAAUCAAACUGCAUGUCAAGGUCUCCAACAACCAAACGCAGGUUCCUGGCCUUAUCAGACAGAACCUGGUGCCUGUGAAUAACAACAACAAUGCUGUGCUGAAUAGCAGUAAAACGUCUUUGGCUGCUGCCAACUCAAAGCUGGCAUCCCCCCUAGUCAGAACGCUCAUUAGCCAAGGUGGAGCCCAAGGCUUAACCCUUCGAGUUCCUGGAACUCAACUUCAAGGCUAUUCAGUUCAACUUGUGCAGCAUCAGGGAACAGUCAAAGCGAUUCCAGUGGCAGUGGCACCUAACCAGCAGCAAGUAGUGGUGGCCAGUUCAACCGCGACAACGACAGAGGGGGCGGCGACCACCACAACCGCCUCCACCUCUGCUUCCACCCCCGCCACCCCUCCUGCCACUCCCACCCGCCUCACAGUGCCGGCCGGCGCAUUCGCCCAACUCGUGCAGACUUCCACUGGCAAGCAUGUCCUCUUCACAUCCUCGCCCUGUGUGUUGCCAGGCACAUCCACUGUGAUGACAACACUGACGGGCCAAAGGCUGGCCGUUCUAUCAAAGCAAGGCUCCGUUGCGCGGCUGGCAGCUCCCGGCAUCCAGCAGUUGAGUGGCACCAGACCAAUGGUCAGGCUACCACCCUCAUUUCAGAAUGCGUUGCUUAACGCGGCAGCUGUGACGUCAGUGACGGCAACGACGACAGCAACUUCAACAACAUCGGCAGCAGCUGUAACAACAACAUCGACAACAACAACAACAACAGCAGCCGCAGCAGCCAAGAGUGGCCAACAACAGAUGUUGUUGACGAUGUCGCCGUCGACAACCACCAGUUCCCCCUCUGCCGCCCCCGGCCUAAUGGUCACCCGGCAGCUCACACUCAUUCGCAAGAAGAACCAGCAGCCGGCCGCCGCCCCCUCAGAGUUCAACAUUCCAAGCCUGGAGGAGAAGCGGCAGCAGUGCCGGUGCGCGAAACUGUCAUCGUUGGCGGCCGUGAAUCGACGCAAGUGCCUGGCCUACCCGGUGUAUGGCGCCGAUCUACGUGACACUCUGUCAUUCGUGGAGCAGCCACCACCAACAGACAGGCGCUGGGCUUGCACUGGCCACAUCAACUGUCUCCAAGCCAAGGCGGACUCGGCGCUGGCCGGUGCCUUGCUCUCGGUUGAGGACCGCUUGCAACAGAUGGAGGACAUCAUCAACAGGUUCGUGGUGUUUGUGCCGGCGGUGGUAGCACGCUCGCCUCAACUGCACACGUCACACCCCCCUCCCUGGAAGGUGCAGGAACAGCGCCUGCUGGACGAGACCAUCUGCCGCGCACUGCGAAGUGAGUCUGCGCACCUGCACACGGUGAGCGCCAAGAUGGCCACCCAGUUCCCCGACCCACGCCUCAUCCAGUACGACUGCGGCAAGCUGCAGACGCUCGAUCAGCUGUUGAGGCGGCUCAAGGCCAACCACAGUCGGGUGCUCAUCUUCACGCAGAUGACGCGCAUGCUCGACGUGCUCGAGGCCUUCCUCAACUUUCAUGGCCACAUCUAUCUCAGGCUGGAUGGAUCCACGCGUGUAGACCAAAGACAAGCAUUAAUGGAGAGAUUCAACGCCGACAAGCGGAUAUUCGUGUUCAUCCUGACGACGCGGUCGGGCGGAGUGGGGGUGAACCUGACGGGGGCUGACACUGUGAUAUUCUACGACAGCGACUGGAAUCCAACCAUGGAUGCCCAGGCCCAGGAUCGCUGCCAUCGUAUUGGCCAGACUAGGGAUGUCCAUAUCUAUAGGUUAAUAAGUGAAAAGACUGUAGAAGAAAACAUUUUGAAGAAGGCAAACCAAAAACGAAUGCUGGGAGACUUGGCUAUCGAAGGUGGAAACUUUACAACCGCCUACUUCAAGAGUUCGACUAUCCAAGAGCUGUUCAAUGUGGAUGUCUCUGAGAAUGACGCAAACACGAGAAUGGCUGAAGUAUUGAAACGUGAUGCCGAUCGGAAGCGAAAUGUGGGAGAAGAGUCGUCGACGAGCGCAGGGUCGGCGGUGGCAGCAGUAGAAGAUCAGUCGAAGACAGCGCUGGGCCGCCUGGAGUCCGCCAUGGCCCUGGCUGAAGACGAGAGCGACGUGGUGGCUGCCAAGACGGUGCAAGCCGAGGCGGCCGCCCAACUCGCCGAAUUCGACGAGAGCAUUCCGCUGGACGGAGAAUCGCAGCAGCCACCCACCGAGGAGCUCAGCAAGGCCGAGCAGGAGGUCAACGCGCUCAUCGACGGGAUGAACAAACUGGAGAAGUACGCGAUGCGCUUCAUCGAGGAGACGGACUCGGCGUGGAGUGCCGAGCAGCUGGCAGCGGCCGAAGCCGAGAUCGAACUGCAGAAGCGUGAAUGGGAGAAGAACCGUCUGGCAGCGCUGAGGGGAGAACAGCGGGAGGAGACAUCACCUGCCGACGACAUGAUCACCUACACCGGCGACAACGCCAGACAGGUAUGGAUGGCUCUUGAUAAUGUGGAGCAAAUGCCGUUGUGGUGUCCGCCGACCCCUCCCCAAGACGAAGGUGAUGUGUACAUUGAUUACGCACUGGGCUACCUGUACGAGCACACAGUCAUGCUUGAGUCCGAACUUCCGCCAGUCUACUGCAAGAAAGAAAGAAAGCGGUCUAGAGUCGAUCUAGUUGAUGACGAAGGACGUCCGGUGAAGCGGCUACACCAGCGCGAUGACUCACUGCUACUGGCGCCCCGGUCGCUGUUCGACCGCCCCUCACCCGCCCUUCUCAAGCUACGUCACGAACUGCGUCUGCACAAGUACAGGGGCGGCAUGCGUCCGUCCGCCUCCGCCCUAAAACCGCCCAUACUGUUCAGCAGGUCGUUGCCGGACGCGGAUCACCAUAUGACGGCCGAGUGGUCGGUGCACGAGGACUGGACGAUCCUGCAGGCAGUGCAAGAGGUACAGGAGUUGCAGUUGAGUCUGGUAAUCGCCUUUCCAGGGCAUCUGCCCAACUGGCACCUGGUCGCUGACAUUGUCAACAGCUGUUCCCGCACUUACCGCUCGCCGAAACAGUGUCAGGAGAGGUACGAACAUGUGAUUGUUCCUCGAGAAGAAGGCAAACUACCGGAUCCUAAAAAGCAGAAGAAAACAAAGAAUAUCUACAAAAUAACCACUUUGAAUACAACCAAAUGCAGCAGCCGCGCGCGCACAGCGAGCCUGUUCUCGCAGGACAACAACAUGACGUACUCGCGCACAAUGAACGCACGCUUCGAUAUGGUGCGGCUGGUGGCCGGCAAGCGCAUACCCUUACCCAUGAUGAAUUCGGUGUACGGGGGCAGUGGGGGCAGUGGAGGCGGUGGAGAGGUUGGCAAGAACCCGAAGCACGCGGCGAUUCUGGCCGCUUGUUCGAUCGAUUACGACGCGCCGCUCACGCCUGUCGAAGUGGCCGCGCGACGCGCCGAACGAAUCGCGCGACAGAAGGAGGCUGCUGCUGCCGCUGUGGUUGAACAGCAGCAGCAGCAACAAUUGCAACAACAGCAGGCGCAACAGGUGCCACAACAACAGGUGGUUCAGCAGCAACAACAACAGGUGCAGCCGCAACAACAGCAGCAGUUGGCACUGCUGAGACUGCAGCAGGGUGGGGGUGUUGCCGCCCCCGUCGCCACUGUGCAGGUCACUAGCAGUUCACCUGGAGGCGGCACUCAGCGAAUUGCCCGGGCGCCUGUUAAGACGCUCACUGUGCAGGAUAUCGUUGCGAGAGCGACCGUAUCGUCGCCGUCACAGUCGCCGACGUCAGCGACGCAGCGUGUAGCGACCGCCAACCUGGUCACUGUGGCGCAACCAACCACGCAGCUCACUGCCAAAGGUAAGCCUCUAACAGCGGCUCAGAUGCAGCAGGUGUACACCCAACAGCUGCGCCAACAACAGCUGCGACAAAUACAGCUGCAACAGCAGCAGCAGACGCGGGUGGUCGCUGCCUCUGGGGGCGGCACAGUCGCCGCCACCGCUAGUAUUGCCACGGCCCCUACUGUUACUGCCGCCUCCGUAGCUGCCACCGCAGUCACGCCUACUCGUUUGCAGCAGGUCGUGUUGAAGCAGCAAACAGGUGUGACACACACACGCACAGUGACAGAGAGCGAGGUGGCCGCGCUGCUCAAGCGCCAACAGGUGAAGGUGGGUGCGGGCGGCAUGAAGACCAUCACACACCAGCAGCUGUUGGCUCAGGCGGGGCUGCAGGCUGCGGUCUCGACGCAGCAGCCGCAGUCGACUGCCGCAGCCACGCAGCAGGUCACCGCCCUAGUCAAGGCUGUGUCGCAGCCCACUGUCGCUAGCAUUGCUGUGCCGCAGGUGAAAGUUGGUACGACUGUGAAGGCGGCCGCGCAGCCGCAGAUCAGGCAGUUGACGCUGCACCACCAGCAGCUGCUGGCCUCGCAGAGGAAACUGCCUCAACAAAAGGUCACUCAACUCGGACAAGUUAUGGUGGCUGGUAAGUCGGGCGUGCCGGCUCAGCUGAUCGUGCAAUCCCCGAAGGCUAUGCCGACCACAAUGACCAUGCAGCAAAUACAACAAGCCAUCAAGCAGCAGCAGUCUCCACACAUCACCCAUGUUGCUGCAAGCGGAAGCACGGCAACAGUGACGGGGCAGCCGACGCAGCAAGUGCUGUCACAUGCCGUGUUGACCAAAACAGGCCAGGCCACAGUCACUGGUGCAACCAGAGUCAUUCCCGUUGCAACCACUCAGCAACCCAUCAAACAGAUUCAGGUUGUGACGGCUGCGGGUGGGCCAGUGGGGGCCAGUGGGAUGCGAGCGACGGCUGUUCCCAAUGUGCAGAUAGACUCGUCAGGCAGGCCAAGUGUCAGCAUGCCAGGCGGCCUCACUGGCACCAUCAAGGUCAACAGUCAACAGGCAUUACUAUCACAGGUGUCAGCUGCGUUACAACAAGGUCAGGGCAUCACAGUGCGCCAAGGACCAAUGAGACUGACGACAGCCAGCGGAGGCUCGCCAUUGGUUGCUGUGGCUGUGAGCCAGGCCACGCCCACCACAAUGCUCACAAUUCCAGCCAAUCAGACGCCAGGAGAACAGCCCAAAGUUCUGCCGCAACUGCUGGCUAUAAAUCCACCAGAUCAACAAGAGUAAACAGUACCAUAGCAUUUCGAUCAUCUAUUAAUCUUGCCAUAGAAAUAUUUCUUUAAAAAAUCGCUGGUAAAAUAUUAGUUUUGAGCGUACUUUUUGUGUUAUUCAAUCACUAGAGUAAACCUCAUAACAAGAGCUCCAAUGUAUAUUAUUAAAUAAAACUAGUGGUAUUCCUACCAUUCAAAAAUAGUUCAUAGUAAUAUGUUGAAACUGAGUAUUACUAUACUCUUUUUCUAGAUAUCACUUCCACUACUUGCUGAAAAGUAGCUCCUUAUAGACAGACUAUCUCUUUACAUUCAUGUGUGUAUUGGUGGUGUCUGUUUUAUAAAAUGUUGGUAGAUGAAAUAAUAUAUUUCAUUCUGACAUCGAAUAAAAACAUAGCAAAACCCUUAUUAAUCGGGAAACGAUUACGAUCGAUUACAUUUAUAGAUCUAUAGUAGGAUCAGGAUUUACGAUUAUAUACAAAUCCGUUUUUUUCAGUUUUUAAUACAAUUACUUGAAAUUUUUGUCACUGUGUUACAAGAGAUUGAGCUCGAAAUGCAUUUUGUAAUUUUAUCAAUAGUAUUAUUGUAAUUGCUGAUGCAAAUGUUAGAAGAGAUUAUCCACUUGAAAAUGUAAAUUGGAUGUCCUUAUCGUACCUGUUGUAAGGUAUCAGUUCAAUAUGGAAAGCUCAUACAUUAAUUGGAUUUAAUUGAUUCAAGAAAAUACAACAAAUGACAAACAAAUAAUUUCGUAAUCUUAUUUCAGAGUAUUGUCUGGUACUCGCUGUUUGUCGGAAUUUAUUCUUAAAUAUUAAAAUUAGUUGGCUACUGACUUUGGAGGACUUUCCACCAUAUUGAUAUUACUUUAUUCUGAAGAUACUCAUGAAUUCCUUCGAUUAAGGUUAAGAAUCGAACUAUCUCUGCUAAUUCCAUAGAUUGUCUUAGAACGUACAAAAUCAAUUUAAAUUAAUAUUAUUGAAUCAAGUCUUGAUCAAAUCUCACAGUAUCAAGAUCCAAUGAAUGUAUAUUAUUAUAUCUUGUGUGGUGGUAUUUGGUAUAGGGCGAAAUAUAGUUUUUGAGUGCGCUUAAUGCUAGGUCACAAAUUCUCAAACCUAUUGAUGGUCGCGGAGGCUCUGGCUAUCUGCUAUCCCCAUGUAGUAUUAUCAUUCCGGCGGAGAAACCCUCGAAUUAGACCGUUUUUUCACUCUUUGUUUAUCAUAGAUGAGUUUCUAUAGUUUCAUAAACUAUUUUCCCAAACUCCUUAGUAAUUUACUAUAACUGUUGUGAAAUUUUGAUGGAUAAUUCAUGUUGAUUCAGGCUGAAUCUUUAUUGGUUUUCCAAUCUAACUAUUGUUUAUCAAGAAUAAGUAAUUAAUUUCUUAUUUAUAAAUGUAAAUGGAAGUAUAAAGUUAUUAAAAAGAUAAUAUCGAUUAGAAAUAAUUGAAUAAAGUGUAUAUAAUAAAUUGAUAUAAAUUAUCUAUAAAAAUAAAUAAAAGUACCUGGCUAAUUAUUAUAACCUUUUCAAUUUAGUUAUAAAUAAAUAACUUAGUUGUUCUCGUGCAUAUUCUAAUAUGUAACAUGUUUCUUAAAGUUUGUUAUUAUUUAUCAAUAUUGUUUCAUUAUGGAUUAGUUAAUAUUUAUUUCCCAUCGAUAUUGAUAAAAUAAUAUCACUUUUGUAUUAAAUAUCACACGACCUGUGGAAAAUAUGCAUGAUAUAAAUGUUACAUGAUCAAGGAUGUGUAAACUUAUUUAAAUAAUUGAAGCUCAAAAAUAUAGGUUCUGGAUGCAUUAUAGCCAAUACACUUUAUCUCUUUUUGUUCUUGAGAUACUAUUGAUUCGUUGAAAAAUUGGCUACAACAAUUAUUAUUGUAAUCUAGUAUUUAGCAUGACAUUUUAUGAAAGUGCAAAUAUGUUGGAAAUUAUCAAUUCAGUAUCUUUAUUGUAAAGUUGAUGUAUCAAAGUACUUUACAAUAAUAAAUUACGGUAUUUUUUUAUUUUUGGAAAACAUUUUCGUCUCUCAUUAGUUUUUCUCUGUUUUCCUAACCGAAACAGCAUUAUUGUAUUUGUUAUAUGGCUGGUAGGUGAUGUUUAUUCCAAAGUAAUGACAAAUAAUGAUAUUAUUUUGUUGGUAAGAGAUGAACUACUGAUAGGAGAAGGAUAUAGAGAUUCAUCUCCAUAUUAUUUGUUUCAAUUAGUUGCAGUAUCCAGAACUGUAAUUCUAUCGUUUCACAUUUAGGCCUAUGUAAUUCGAAUCAUACCGUGUCCUCUGUUAAGUUGGAUAUUUAGCUAAUUGAUCAUUUUUUAUCUGAAAAUACCUAUUCAGUUGCACGGUAUUAGGGCUUAAUAAAAAUAAAAAUUGUUAGUUUGUAAGUUAUGUAUAAAGUUUUGUAUAUUUUGAAUAGCAAAGUUUGUUAGUUAUAGUCUUUUAUACGUAAUAUUUCAAUUAAUGUAAAUAUUGUUCAUAAAGUAUUGAAAUUUCUUUAUGUAUUCAAAUGUAUUUAUGUUUAACGAAUUAAGCUGCUCUUAGAACUUACCUAAAACAGUUCUUAAACUUGGCUUAAUAUUUUAGAAGAUAUUAGCAAGAGUUUCUUGCUUUUCUCGAGAUGCUGUUCAGUUGAUUAUAAAACCAAUCUAAAACAGUUGUAAAAUGUAUAUUACAAAUGGUUGCUUUUUGUAUUUAUUGUUGUUGACAAUCCAAAUAACAAUAUUAGUAAUCCAAUAUUGGUGUCUGCCAAUAAUAUUCCUCUUUUUCGAUGAAUAACUCACUUAUGAAUAAUUUUUCUAAUUCCGUGUUUAAAAGUACCCCAUCUCGUUCAAAUUUUGUGCGUGUCUGUCACAUAACAGUGGAAAAGAAAAAAAGUAUAAUAUUCCUUGCCAUAAUUGUAAGUAAACUG